AUGGCAAGCAAGACCUCGAGAAACUCACAAGAAUGGCCCUUAGGAUCUAUUGUCAAUUUCAAAGACAAGAGUACCGGAGAGCGGUUUCAGGGAACGGUCUACUAUUUUACCCCAAAACCACAAGGUUCUGAAAUGGGGAUCAAGAACGUAACUGUAUGGAGGGUGGAUGGGAGAUGUGAACGCCAAGGGUAUCACCAUUGUAAUCUAAACGACAUUAGGGAUGAUCAAGACAACAAUGGCGAUGAUGGAUCGUCAUCCAAAUCAAUUGAGGGAAAGAUGGAAUCGCUUCGCCUUGAUCCACCUUCAAAGUGA